AAUUAACAUUUAAGAAUCAUGGACAUUGAAUACGGUGGAGAUUUUAGCCAACAGAGAGUUGAGCAAUUUCAAGCAUCGUGGUUAGAGGAGGAUAUUUUUAAAGGGUGGUUAAUUCCUCAUUCCACAGAAAAUAGAGCCAUUUGUACUACGUGUGAUGUGACUAUUCAAUGUUACAAAACAAAGUUAAUUGAACAUUCACAGACGGAUACACAUAUCGAAAACACACAUGUUAAAAAUGCACAAAAUGAAAGUAAAACAAUUACUGAAUCAGCCACCCUUACAUAUGAGAAUAAAGUUAAACGAGCAGAGAUCAAACUGACAGCUUUUAUCGUCGAACAUAAUAUACCGUUUCACGCCGUGGAUCGUUUAAUACCAUUAAUAAAAGAAAUCUGCAAAGAUCCGACAGUUAUUUCAUCUCUUUCGCUUAAUCUGGAUUACACUGGUACAGGUACAAGUAAUAUGCAAGUAACUGACAAAUGCGAAGUUGAUGAAAUUGACGAGAUGACCAGAAAUUUACAAACCUGCAAAUUUUCCCUUUUAAUGGACGAGAAUACCAAUGAUUCGAAAAGAAUACUGUGCAUUCUUGUGCGAUACGUUUCGCCACAGGAUAAAACAGUUACGACACAAUUAUUAACAUUAAUAUGUAUAGAUCAAACAGAUCCUGUGGAUAAAUUUUUUGAAGAGUUUAAAAAUCUUCUCAAAAAGAAAAGAAUUCCUUUACAGAAUAUAGUUGCAGUAGCAGGCAAUAAUUCAUCUAUGAUGGAUGGAUGCAAUUCUGUAAUAAAACAUUUGCAGUCAAAAAUGCCAGAUAUUAUCAAGCUAAAUUGUAUUGACCAUUCAGUCGCAAUUGUAGUUGAUACUGCGUAUGCACACAUACCAGAAUCAUGUAAGGAUUUCAUUCAAAUAGUAGCUUCUUAUAUUUCAGAUAACGUAGAAGAAUUUAUGCAUUUAAAUGAAUUUAAAGAUACUUUCAAUGCAGAGACAAAUAAAAUCUUAAGAUCACCUAAGAAAUGCGGUAGAGAAAAGUUUAGAGAUUUAACUGUUAUUGCAAAAUGUAUAAAACAUCUUGAUAUUACAAGUUUAGCUUAUGAAUGGAGAAUGCUACCACUAGUAUAUAAUGAUACAGAAAAAGAAAAAUUAGCUCUUUUAGAAAUAGAUGUAAUGUGGACAGAAAUAUUAAAAUCUAUAUCCGUCAUUGGGGAGAAAAAAUUUCCAAAUUUAGAAUUACUAAUAGAAUCAGUUCUUUCCUUUCCCCACUCGAACGCCCAAGCCAGAUAUAUUCUUUCAAAGUUCACAAAUAUAGAAGAUUAA